UUCAUGCUCAAUGCAGCCUCUGAGCGCUUCCUCUCUUUCUCUUCACGUUUCCACCCCAUUUUUCUCAUCUCGUUAUCAAACGCAAAACUCACUCGUACAAUCUCUUCCGUGUCCUGCAACCACUCCCACAAUGAACUUCUUGAUUCUUUCGAUGUCCUUCUUCAACGAUGUUUCAGUCUCCAACAAGCUCGCCAAAUUCACUCCCAAUUCGUUGUUACUGGAUCGCAUCGUUCGGCCUUCUUGGUCGCUAGGUUUAUUGCUGUUUAUGCCCGCUUUGGGUUUGUCUCCGAUGCUCGCAAAGUGUUUAAUGCCAUCCAUGUUGAGGGUCUCCAAAAUCUUCUUUUAUGGAAUUCGAUUAUCAGAGCAAAUGUCUCUCAUGGGUAUUAUGAAUAUGCGCUUCAGCUUUAUAUUGAAAUGCGAAAGCUUGGAUUUUUACCGGAUGGGUUCACUCUUCCGUUGAUAAUACGUGCUUGUUCGUAUCUUGGUAGCUCUAGUCUCUGCAAGAUUGUACAUUGUCAUUCUUUGCAAAUGGGUUUUCGGAAUCAUCUUCAUGUAGUGAAUGAACUGGUGGGUAUGUAUGGGAAGCUUGGGAGAAUGGAGGAUGCCUGCGAAUUGUUUGAUGGAAUGGUUGCGAGAAGCCUUGUAUCGUGGAAUACUAUGGUUUCGGGUUAUGCCUUCAACCAUGAUUCUGUUGGUGCUUCUAGGAUUUUUAAGCGGAUGGAGUUGGAAGGUUUGCAGCCAAACUCUGUAACAUGGACCUCGCUGUUGUCAAGCCAUGCUAGAUGUGGGCUUUAUGAUGAAACCCUUGAGUUUUUUAAGUUGAUGAGGACAAUGGGAAUUGAAACCAGUGCUGAAGCCCUAGCCGUGGUGUUAUCCGUGUGUGCUGACAUGGCUGAAGUUGACAAGGGCAAAGAAAUCCAUGGGUUUGUUAUUAAAGGUGGAUAUGAAGAUUAUGUGUUUGUGAAAAAUGCACUGAUUUGCAGUUACGGGAAGCAUGAACGUCUGGGGGAUGCGCAUAAAAUAUUUGCUGACAUAAAGAAGAAGAACCUAGUAAGUUGGAAUGCUUUGAUAUCAGCAUAUGCUGAAUCUGGAUUUUGUGACGAGGCCUAUGCAGUAUUUUUGCAGCUGGAGAAAUCAGAUGGUCAUCCCUCGGUUAAACCCAAUGUUAUAAGUUGGAGUGCGGUUAUUGGUGGGUUUGCUUCUAAGGGGCGUGGUGAGGAGUCACUGGAACUUUUUAGGCGAAUGCAGCUUGCUAAAGUAAUGGCCAACUGUGUGACAAUUUCCAGCGUUUUAUCAGUUUGUGCAGAGUUAGCAGCAUUGAACCUUGGCAGGGAGCUACAUGGUUAUGCCGUUAGGAUUCUGAUGGAUGACAAUAUUUUGGUGGGAAAUGGUCUGAUUAACAUGUAUAUGAAGUGUGGGGAUUUCAAGGAAGGGCAUUUAGUAUUUGAUAACAUUAAGGGUAGAGAUUUAAUCUCAUGGAACUCACUGAUUGGGGGUUAUGGAAUGCAUGGGCUUGGUGAAAAUGCUUUAAGAACUUUUGAUGAGAUGAUUAAAGCAGGAAUGAAGCCAGACAACAUCACAUUUGUUGCUGUUCUAUCUGCUUGCAGCCAUGCUGGACUUGUUAUUGCUGGUCGCAACCUUUUUGAUCGGAUGGUCACAGAGUUCAGGAUUGAACCUAAUGUAGAGCACUACGCAUGCAUGGUUGAUCUCCUUGGUCGUGCUGGAUUUUUGCAAGAAGCAAGUGAUAUUGUGCGGAACAUGCCAAUUGAACCUAAUGAGUGUGUUUGGGGAGCUCUUCUAAAUUCAUGUAGAAUGUACAGAGAUACAGACAUUGUAGAAGAAACAGCAGCACAUAUUCUAACCCUGAAGUCAGAAAUAACUGGGAGCUUCAUGCUGCUGUCCAGUAUUUAUGCUGCAAGUGGAAGAUGGGAGGAUUCUGCAAGGGUCAGGGUCUCAGCAAAGACAAAAGGUUUUAAAAAAAUACCUGGUCAAAGUUGGAUUGAGGUGAGAAAGAAAGUCUACACAUUCUCAGCAGGGAAUGUCCAAUUGGGAAUGGACGAAGUUUACUUGAUCCUUGAAGAAUUGGCACUUCAAAUGACGAGUGAAAAUUAUAAAGCCGAUAGUUGCUUCAAUCAACAAUGUAUUUGCGAUCAAUCAGAGCUCUUGCUUGUUGCAAACUGAGAGGCUUGAUAUCAUGUUGUGUCAUGACAUUCUCCACCAGCACUACUGGAAAUAUUUGAAUGCCACUUCAGAAUGUGAGUUAUCAGAAAAUAAAUUAUUA